AUGUUUCACCGAAACAUUGAUAGAAGAGAAUUUGGUCAGUUUCCUAGCUUGACAGAGACACCGAGAGAAGGGCGGGUUUCUGACGAAGAACUAAAAAUAUACACCAACCACCUCAGAGAUUUGCAUGCUGAUAUGAUCGCGGAGGCAAGGUUUACUGAUAUCUUUAAACUGGAAAUUCCAGACUGGGUACUGGACCCAUUCAAUACUGGAACAGAUGGUGACCUGACAGUGGCAAUUGAAGAAGAGCUGACAGUGAAAAGAGACUUUGAAAUCGAACCAUUGUUCAAAAAGUCGUACCAGUCAUUCAGGUUGAAAACUAUUGUGCAAGACAAAUAUCCCUCCCUGUAG